ACAUCCUCGCUUCUUAUCUUCAAGUGCUUUCCAGGCCUUUAUAGCGGUCUGCAGGCCACCGGGGCCCAGGUUGCGCUGAAUGUCGACACCCAGCGCUUUCGACGCGCCCGCGAAGGCGUCACCCGCGGCGGGGAUCGCGAGCGCCACCGCGAGCGCGACAGCCGUGGAUGUCGCAAGGUAUGGCGAAAGUCGACAGCUGGCGACGACACCGCCGCGCGACAUCAGCACGCGUCGCCCGUCUAUACAGAGAGGGACGGAAUCGACGUCGGCGUCUGUGGGGAGCAGAGCAGGGCUUCUGCAUACAAGAUUCAACAACCAGAAUGGAUCGCCGGCUUCUUCGCUCUCGCUAUCGUCCUCCCUCGCAAGGGCUGCCCCGCACUCGCAGGACAGCAUACGGGCGAGCACGGUGCAGCUCUCGAACAUGAUCAUGCCCUCGCCACGACACGAUAGCCCGCGGCAGAACUACGUCUUCCCCAUGAUCGCCCCCGACGAGGCCUUCAUACCUGAGCAGCCGCUCGACGAGGCGGCCUCGACGGGCUCGUCCAUCUUAGACGACGUAUCCUCGACCCGAUCGUUGGAAGGGACACCCAUGCAGGCGUCGGGUCUGACGCUGCUGCGCCCGCCCACGCUGUCUGUGGACCAAGUCCAUGGCGACGAUCUCUCUCCAACACCAGAUGAUUCUACCCCCACACCAGGCGAUGCCAGCAGCCCCGGCAGCCCGACACCGGUCGCGAGCCCCCGUGGUCAUCACCAAACGCUGCCCCACGAUCAUCAUUCUGAACCGACGCCCGCACACGACGCCGACGAACACACGCCGCUGCUCGUCGUCACGCCGCCGCAAAAUGGGGACGCGCCAAGCUCUCCCCCACGCAAGCAGUCGCCAUCGAGAUCAGAGAAGCUGCUCAAGACGAUCCGGGGCACGCUGACUCGUGACGCCGCAGCGGACGUCGCGACGCAGGGCCUGAAGGCGCUGCCUGCCGUGCUGCUGGGCACGCUACUGAACAUUUUGGAUGCGGUCUCUUACGGGAUCCUCGUGUUCCCUACCGCGGAGCCGUUCAUCUCGCUGGGCAUCACGUCGGCUGGCGUGUCCAUGUUCUUCAUUACUGCCGUAGUGUCGCAGCUCGUGUACACGCUGGGUGGCAGCAGCUUCAAGGGAGGGAAUGGGAGUAUGAUGAUCGAAGUCGUGCCCUUUUUCCACAUCCUCUCCUCCUCCAUUACCACCGACAUCGGCCUCGAGCCCGGCAACGAGCGCGCGAUCGCCGCGACUACCCUCGCAGCCUACGCACUCAGCUCCAUCCUUACCGGCCUGACGUUCCUGCUGCUUGGCUUCUUCAAGCUCGGGAACGUCAUGGGUUUCUUCCCGCGGCAUAUCCUCGUAGGAUGUAUUGGCGGGAUCGGGGUCUUCCUCAUCAUCACUGGGCUCUGCGUCUCGACGGGGCUGGAGGACACGGAGUUUACGUAUACGCUGGACACACUGAAGUUCUUCCUGCUUGAUGGGCGGAACCUCAUGAUGUGGGCGCUGCCGUUCGGGCUGGCGGCCGUGCUGCGCCUGGUCACCUCGUUCGCGACGUUCAGUGAGCGGGCGGGGCAGCUGAUCUUUCCGGGGUAUUUCGUCUUGAUCCCGGCUAUCUUCUACGUCGUGGUUCUGUCGGCAAGGCUGAACCUUGGCGAGCUGCGCAACGCGGGGUGGCUCUUCGAUGUGGGAGGCGGUGAGGGCAAGUGGUAUACUUUUUACGAGUUCUUUGAUUUCCGGCAAAUUCGUUGGGGUGCGCUCUGGGCGACGCUGCCGACGCAGUUCGCUUUGUUGUUCUUCAAUAUUUUGCACCCGCCCUUGAAUGUGCCGGCGCUGGCUGUGUCGCUGAACGAGGAUGUCGACACCAAUAAGGAGCUGACGGCGCACGGGUACUCCAACGUUAUUGCAGGGUUGCUUGGUACACCGCCCAACUACUUGGUAUACGUGAACACCUUGCUGUUCUAUCGAGUCGGCGGCACUACGCGGAUAUCCGGUCUGCUGCUCGCAGGUGCAACACUGCUUCUCCUCUUCGUUGGCACGGGUCCGAUAGCCUACUUGCCAAUCAUGGAAGUUGGAGCGCUCAUCUUCGUACUUGGGAUCGACCUCGUUAAGGAGGCGCUCUGGGAUACAAGACAUCGCACAAGCCGAACGGAGUACAUCACGAUUGUCAGCAUCAUGAUUUGCAUGACGCUGUGGGACUUCGUAGUGGGAGUGUUGUUCGGUAUUGUCGUCAGUUGCUUCUUUUUCGUCGUGCAAAACUCUCAGCGGCGUAGCAUACGCUCAGUGCACACCGGCGAGACGGUCAUGUCUACCGUGCGUCGGCCCAGCUCGCAGCGUGCCUACAUUCGGGAGGUGUCGAAGCAGACAGCCAUUAUGCGAUUGCAAGGCUUCCUAUUCUUCGGCACCAUUACCUAUGUCGAAGAGACGAUAAAGCAAUUGCUCGACGGCGCCAAAUGGCAGCGCAGCCCCAUCCGCUUCCUCAUCCUCGACUUUGCGCUCGUCGCGGGCGUCGACAUGUCGGCGGCGGAGGCCUUUGUACGCAUUCAGCGCAUGCUGGGCGCACGAGGGGUGACCCUUGUGCUGUGUGGGCUGGCGGUGGAGUCGCCGGUAGGACGGGCGUUGGAGAGCGUGGACCUUCUGAGCUCUCCGGGUGUGGAGGUAUUCUCGUCGUUCAAUGAUGCGUUGGAAUGGACGGAGAACAUGUACCUUCGGACGUGGUUCAGGUCGCAAAAGGCCGAGACCUCUGCUCUGAUGUUACCCGGUCGCCAAGAUGGCGAUAUAAUUGCGGUCGAGCAUCUAGGCUCGAUGGUCGGCUCUCCCCGCUACUCGCAUAUCCAAGACGUCGGGAAUAGGAUAUUGUCAGCAGAUCACAUCAGCUCAACAGACGAGUCCGCCGCGCAUGGAGAACCACUUGAUACUCUCGUCAAGGCGUUCUCCUCGUACUCCAAGCUCGACCCAAAGCGUUUGCAGCCCAUCACCAAGUACCUCGAGCGCAUGAGAUUACCCAUGGGCCAUGUACUGUGGCAACAAGAUGAUGAACCUGAUGGUCUAUACAUCAUCGAGGCCGGCAUUCUGCGCGCAAUAUACCACUUCUCAGAUCCAGCGCGCAGUAUAGAGGAGUCGAUGGUGCCGGGCACGUUGGCGGGCGAAUUGUCGGCCUUGUCUGGACUACCGCGUAACGCAACGACGGUCGUGGAGCAGCCGGCGGUGGUGUGGCGGUUGAGCUUGGACACGAUGCGGAGGAUGGAGAAAGAGGGACCCGAGCUAGCGCGCGAGUUCCUAGGGCUUGUCCUCAAGUCGGCGAAAGUGGACUAUGAUAUCUUACUAUCAGCUUUGGCGACGAGGACAUGAAAAUACUGAUAGAUCUGUAGCAUGAAUAUCUUUAUUCUGGAUGGGUGGAAUGCAAGACACAAACUACUUCAUGCGCUUC